GCUAACACUGUGUGUUCACCCGCCGGGUUGGAAACAGUCGUUUGAGUGUCAGCUGUUUGCCGGGUCGUCCUCCUCCCGGUGCGGGUUAGCUAGCUAACAGCUAAGCAAGGUAGCUCCUGCAGGUUAGCUUUAGCCUAGCUAGCAGCGGCUUCGCCUCCUUCUCCUCCUCCUCCUCCUGCCGGGCAGGUGGCUAUCAAACAGCUGGAUACUGCCGAUACUCGUGUUUGUUGCUAAGGUUUUGAUGGCGUUGGCUUGAUGGGGUCUGGGCGAUCGACAAAGUGAUGGUCUAAGGACUCGCCGGUCACAGAGGUGCUAGCGCGUGGAAUGUUGCGCUGGUCAGUGCACCUAGAAGGAGGGCCGCGGCGAGUCAACCAUGCUGCUGUGGCUGUGGGGCACAAAGUGUACUCCUUUGGAGGCUACUGCUCCGGAGAGGACUACGAGACACUCCGUCAGAUUGAUGUCCACAUCUUUAACACAGUGUCUCUGCGCUGGUUGAAGUUGCCUCCAGUGAGGAUGGCAGGCCAUGAGCGGGCCUAUGAGGUGCCGUAUAUGCGUUACGGCCACACAGCUGUGCUGCUGGAUGACUCUAUCUACCUCUGGGGUGGGCGCAACGACACAGAGGGGGCCUGCGAUGUGCUUUAUGCCUUCGAUGUCAGCACCCACAGAUGGUUCACGCCCAAGGUUUCGGGGGCAGUUCCAGGGGCAAGGGAUGGCCACUCCGCCUGCGUCCUGCGGAAGGCGAUGUAUAUAUUUGGAGGAUAUGAACAGCUGGCUGACUGCUUCUCCAAUGACAUCCACAAGCUGGACACCAACACCAUGGUCUGGUCCUUAAUCAAUGCAAGAGGCACUCCGGCGAGCUGGAGAGACUUCCACUCAGCCACCAUCAUCGGGACAAAGAUGUUUGUGUUCGGAGGUCGAGCCGACCGAUAUGGUCCCUUCCACUCCGACAACGAGAUCUACUGCAACAAGAUCAAAGUGUUCGACACAGAGGCUAACUGCUGGAUGAGCACCCCUCCAACACAGCCUUCGCCAGACGGACGCAGGAGUCAUUCAGCCUGUGAUAGGUGGAGCAGCCGGGUGCAGCUGACAGAGGCAGGAAGUGACGGAAUAACUCUGCUGUGGAGAUCAGUUUCCUACAAAGGAGAGCUGUACGUAUUUGGAGGAUACAAUGCUCGCUUGGACCAGCACUUCAACGACCUCUGGAAAUUCAACCCAGAAUCCUUUUCCUGGAAGAAAGUAGAGCCGAUAGGGAAAGGCCCCUGCCCGCGGAGACGACAGUGCUGUUGUAUUGUGGGAGAUCGAAUAAUCCUCUUUGGAGGAACAAGUCCCUGUCCAGAGCAAGGAAUGGGGGAUGAAUUUAACCUGAUGGAUCAUUCAGACCUGUAUAUCUUAGACUUCAGCCCUAAUUUGAAGACAUUAUGCAAAAUAGCUGUUCUUCACUACAGUCUGGAGCAGUCGGGACUCCCACAUGAUCUCAGGUGGGAACUGGCAGCCAUGACCACCAACAGCAACAUUAGCAGGCCAAUCUUCUCCUCCCACGGUUGAUGCUACUGAACCUGAGCUCUGCUUCAAGACGCUGGGCCGUUCUCCUUCUAAUCAACUUGAGACCGGGACUGUUUUUGUAGAGUUUGGAUCUGUGUUGGAUUUAUUUUCCACAUUCUUCAAGUGAAACUCAUUACUGACCAAACUGCCCUGCCUAUGACUUCCUUGGACAACACAAGCUCUCAACACGUCCAAGGAUAUUUUAACUCUUGAUAAGACGGUGGCUAUGUGAGACAAAAACUCUGACACGUGCUCAUCCUUUCUCUCUUCUUUCUAGCCUCUCUAGAAAAAUCCAAUCAGCCUAUGAUAAUCAUAGACUUCGAAUCUUAAGCACAGGAAGAGAUGAGAACUUCAGCCAAAGGUCUUGAGAGUGAACCUUCUUGUUGACACUCAACAGAGCUCCGCGAAGAAAAAAAUGUGAACCUUCUGUUCUGAAGAGACUGAGGUGGUUGAGAGUUUUUGUAUCUCGGUCCUAAAACCAUGGAAAAUUACCACGUCUAUUUAUGGCAAAUGUAGUAAUUGCUAGCAGUAUACGGAGGAGCUAACCUGACUACUCUGGUAAAUGCAAGGAGAGAAUAUCAAGUACCACAAUGUCAGGGUAUAACGCUUGUGAAAGAUUGUUUGACUGGUUUUCAAUGCUUGGCUUUUCUUCAUCAUAUCUUGUUAUUGGAUUACAAACUCACAGCUUGAAAAUAUCAUGGGAAAGCUCAAAUUGUUGAUGUUUAUUCAGGUUUUUAUUUCACUGAUCCUAAAAAAUAUGGGAAUGGUGGUGGUCCUUUUUAAAAUGUUAUAACACCACACUUUAUUAUUAAAAAAUAAUUACAACUACAAUAAAAGGAAAUCAAUAUAUUCAGUAUUUUUUAACAUCUCAACAACAGCUGGACACUGUCGUUUUUUAUUGUUACUCUAACAGGAGUAAAGACGAAUUUUGGAAACUAUUUCGGCAAAUGAAAGUGUAGUGAUUGACUUAAUUUCUUCAUUAUUGUGAAGAAACUUGUCACCCAUUGCAACUCUUUGAAUCAUUUCUUUCUUUUGAUAUUUUCUGUACAAUGUUGAAAGUCUACAGAAUAGGAAAUAGCAUGCUGUGGAUUCACAAACGUUGGUUUUGGUUUUUGUUGACGAUAAGAAAAUGUCGAAUAUCACCAGACCUCACCAUUCUUUUAAAGUCAUUCGCCUUUAGGAUGAAAUGAACAACUUGGCGAUGACGAAUACAGGCAGGAGACAUUUAAGAGAAUAAACACUGCCGUCUCAUUCUUACAUUUACCAUGGAUGAUCGUUGUAACAGUAGAAAAGCCCUGAACUUUGCAAAACUAGGAUUAGAACAGGAACCGUGUUGCCACACGCACACACUCUUGAGCUGCAUCAGUCCUGGUCUCUGGGACAGUGUGUGCUGCUGUUUUCUGUCCUGCCAGAUGUUAAAAUUUGAUCUAUCAGUUUUGUCCCCAAUCGGCUCAGUAGAAUCUGACUUGGGUCCCAAACAUCAGGACUGAAUAACGCUGACCUACUUCCUAAUUGUUUACAAAUCUGUGUAUUUCAUGUAAAGCAGUGUGAAACAAUCUUAGAUGCAGGUGGAAGUCGCCAGAUAACUGCACUAAAAGCCAAAACUUGGCAUGUCGGGCCUUACGGAGAGGAGACAUGUCGAUGCUGCCUCUUGCCUACCGAGACUUCACAGUUUGAGACAUUUGCCAAGUUUGAUUUUUUUAUUUACAGACCAGUGGUGCCAAUGUGACUCAGUGAGUCUCACGCUCUCUGCACUGCAAAUGCACACGGACAUAUCACACACUUGAAAUCCCUUAGUACCCAGGUCACUUGGACUUUACAACAGGUAAUGCAGUAAAACCACAGGGAAUCCAACUGUGUGCCCACACACAAACACACACACACUUGCAUAUAUUUCCAAUAUAAAUAACUUGUGGUAUACAAAUCAAACUGUUAAUGUGCCACCAAAUGGCUGUUUCUGAUGUGUGGUGUGGGAGUCAUUUUUAUUUGGGGAGUUUGGUCUUUUUGUUGCUUGAAGACUAUGGGUGAUGGUAUUUUAAGUCAAGACCCUUUCAGGAAUAUAAUGUGAAGUGAAUGACAAUGUAGACACUAUGGUCAAAAAUAAAAUACCUGCAUAAAAACAAACUCCUCAGUGACGGUCACUCAGUAUAUCGGCAUUACAUUUUAAUGGCAGUGAUGUUAAACGCGGCUUUGGCACCUUCCAGGGCAAUUUUUCUUUCACCAAAAUAAAAGCAUUAAAGCGCACAGUUAUUUGCCAAGCAGUAGUAUGUGACCCAGCUGAUGUCAUGCCAAGAAGUGUAUGCUGUGUAGGGCUCACAAUAUGUUGUAGAAUAAUUCAUAACAAUUAAUGCUUUGGAAACAAUCAGAACAAAGUAUGGAGUGUGUUUUGAAUCAUUUUACAACUGUGCAGGCCUCCUGUGCUUUUUUUUUUUUUAACUUUAUAUUUUCACUUUUUAAUUUGGAGGGGACUCUGAAAUCUGUUGAUGUGGGUCAGGACUUCCUGUGCAAUAUGCUUUAUAACUAUCAAUAAAAAAAACUAUUUGAGCUGUUAA